AUGCCGCGGUGGCUGCGCACCUCGACGGCGGUCGGCGGUGUGGAGAUCAACGGAUUCGCGGACGCGUCCGAGCGGGCCUAUGCGGCGGUGGCGUAUCUCCGGGUGAGCGACGGCCAUCACGAUGAGCAAGUCACCAUGCUCCAGGCGAAGACUAGGGUGGCGCCGCUCAAGCAGGUCUCAAUCCCGCGCCUUGAGCUUUGCGCCGCUUUCCUGCUGGUCCGAUUGGUCGAGCAACUGCGGGCGACUCUUGACCUUCCCUCUGCGCCAGUUCACCUGUGGACGGACUCAACGGUGACGCUCGCGUGGAUACGCGGCCAUCCUUCCAAAUGGAAGACAUACGUCGCCAACCGAACGGCCGAAAUCCAACGCGCUUUGCCGGGGGCCCUAUGGUAUCACCUCCCUGGAGAGGAGAACCCGGCCGACUGCGCUUCACGAGGGCUGUUUCCGAGCGAGUUGGUGGAGCAUCCGCUGUGGUGGCGAGGUCCAGCCUGGCUCGCGCGGGGAGACUGGCCCAGUCGCUGCGAGGAACCGGAACUGACGGACGACGUGGAGAUUUCCGAACGGCGCCGCGUGCGUGCUGCCAUCGCUGUCGAGGAGGACCCCACGCUGCUGCGCUUUUCAGCACUGUGUCGCUUGCUUAGGGUCACGGCGUGGUGCCGUCGUACCUUGACUCCAGCGGAAAUCGAGAAGGCCUUGUGCGUGUGGAUCGGAAGGGUGCAGGAACAAUGGUCCGAGAGCGAGAGGAAGACGGUGUCCCGAAGCGGGAUGCUGUCAAGAAGUAGCAGCCUCCUCCAGCUGACGCCCUUCGCCGAUGAGCGCGGACUGCUGAGAGUCGGCGGCCGCUUGAAGCAUGCCAUGCUGAGUAGGGACGAGCGGCACCCCCUCAUUCUGCCACGCGACUCGCAUUUAACGACGCUGCUGGUGGAUUCAUGCCAUCGGCGCACACUGCACGGUGGCGUGCAGCUUACACUGGGACUGCUUCGUCAGCGGUUCUGGGUCCCGGGAGGCAGAGCGACCGUGAGGCGGUGCAUCUACAGGUGCCCCACGUGUGUACGAUGGCGGGCGGCAGCGCCGCGUCCGCUGAUGGGUGAUUUGCCUCCUCCAAGAGUAAGAGAGUCCCACCCGUUCACACACUCCGGAGUGGACUACGCAGGCCCAAUCUUGCUGCGGACGACGAAGGGGCGCGGACACAAGGCGCAUAAGGCGUUCCUGGCGGUGUUCGUGUGUCUCAGCACGCGGGCAGUACAUCUGGAGGUGGUGUCGGACUAUACCACCGAGGCUUUCCAAGGAAGCCUUCAAGCGCUUCGUGUCGAGGCGAGGUUUAUGUUCGACACUCUACAGCGAUCAAGGUACAAACUUUAUAGGGGCGGAUGCGGAGCUGCGACGCCUGUUUCGCGAGGCUGGGCACAAAGGCUCUCUGGUGGACGCGGUCGCGAGCGAAGGGGUGCGAUGGCGGUUCAACCCCCCGGCGGCGCCUCACUUCGGGGGCAUAUGGGAGGCGGCCGUCAAGUCCACCAAACACCACAUCUGGAGAGUCAUUGGGGACACAACGCUCACAUAUGA